CUGGGUGGAGAGGGAGGGGAGGAUGAAAGUCAGCCUCCCAGCCAUUGCAGCAGAGCGAGCCAGGGCGGAGGGCGGGCAGCGAGCUGUGUGUGUGUGGAUGCGCGCUGCCUGGCAGGGGAGGCUGCCCCGCUUGCCGUGCAGCCCAGGGAGGAGGCUCGCCCCCGGCCCCCACCCAGCAGCCCUCUGCCCUGGAAACGCUCCCCGGAGCCCGGCCCCAGCCAACGCGGCUCCGCGGGCGCCAGAGGGACGCGCAAGGCGCCUGCGGGCCGGAGGGGCGCCGGGCUGGCGGCAGGGCAAGCCUGCCUCCUCCAGCCUCCCUGCUGACAAAUGGUGGUGGAUUAUAGAUGAGGACAUGCUGACCCAUUCGACCUUGCUGAGACUGCGGGGAGGGGCCUCCUGCUACUUGAGGGAAGCUUUGGGUCAUUUAAAGGACAAGGUCAUGAGCCAGGUGGGGAAAUGACAUGAUAUCACAUGACAAUAGCCUGAUGACACGGAAUUUGACAUGCAUGAUGGAGGUGAAAAAGGAUGAAAAACAAGCUGCUGUCCUGGACAAAGGUGAAGAAGAUGAAUGUUUAGUAGAACUUCAUUACAUUGGAACCAUGUUCUAAGUAAUUCUUCUAGACAUCUUUCAUAAAUAUUUUAUAUAUCUACAGAGACUGAUAUGACUGAAAAUUUGGCUCUUAAGCAAUAUAUGCUGGAAGAAGCCUGCAUGGAACGUAACAUUUGUUUUAGUUCAGAUUAUGUGAAAAAAUUAUAGACUUCUACCUAUUAUUUAUUAACCUUGCAUCUCAAUUCAGCCACACCAAACUCUAGUCUUUAAAGUGAAUAGAAGCAGAGCCUUUGUGGAUAUUUUUAUUGAACAUGACUCAUGGAGAAGAGCCUGGCUCUGAGAUGCACCAGGAUUCUGUUGUUCUAACUUACCUAGAGGGAUUACUAAUGCAUCAGGCAGCGGGAGGCUCAGGUACUGCAGUUGACAAAAAGCCUACUGGGCAUAGUGGAGAGGAUCAAAACUUUAAGAUUUCUGGAAAUAUAUUUCCCAACUGUCAAAGUAAUGGUCCAGUUCUUAACACACAUACAUAUCAGGGAUCUGGCAUGUUGCAUCUCAAAAAAGCAAGACUAUUACAGUCUUCUGAAGACUGGAAUGCAGCAAAGAGAAGGCGGUUGUCUGAUUCCAUUGUGGAUUUGAAUGGAAAAAAAGAAGCUUUGUUAGCUGGCAUGGUUGAAAAUGUGCCUAAAGGCAAACAGGAUAGCACACUACUUGCCUCUUUGCUUCAGUCGUUCAGCUCUAGGCUGCAGAGUGUUGCUCUGUCACAACAGAUUAGGCAGAGCCUCAAGGAGCAAGGGUAUUCCCUCAGCCAUGAUUCUUUACAAGUGGAGAAAGAUGUAAGGUGCUAUGGUGUUGCAACUAGUCGCUUGAAGACUCUGCUGAAGAAAAGAAAAGCAAAAGAUCAAAAGCUGGACACCACUCUGCCUGAUGUAACAACGAACCUGCCUAAAGAGAGGUUUAUAGAAUCUCCACAUACAGGGCAGAAUGGACCCAAGGUGAUGAAUGAGCCUCUGUCAUGUGCUGCAAGAUUACAAGCAGUUGCAAGCAUGGUAGAGAAAAGAUCUAGUCCUACUGCUUCUCCUAAACCCAGCGUAGCUUGUAGUCAGCUAGCUUUACUUCUUUCAAGUGAAGCUCAUUUGCAGCAGUAUUCCAGGGAACAUGCUUUAAAAGCACAAAAUGCAAAUCAGGUAGCAAGCGAGAGACUUGCUGCUAUGGCGAGAUUACAAGAAAGUGCCCAGAAAGACCCUGGCCAUUUCAGUCUGUCAAAAGGAAUGCCAAGCCAUUUUAAUGGUCAAAUGAGAUCAUCAGCAAAAACAAUAACUAGCCAGAGCAAUAUGGCACCAUUUCAGAGCCCCAUUGGAAUCGUUCAUUCUCCUCCCAAAAAUGUAGGAUACAAAAAUACGUUGGAAAGAAACCAUUUAAAACCAUCUCCCAGCAACAGUUUGCUGUUACAUCUUCUUAAAAGUCAGAAUGCAACUAAACAAACAAAAGGGCAUGAGCAGAAUGAGAGGCCGGGUAUUUUUGAGGACAGUAGCACACCAACUACUGUGGAUGAGUAUUCAGACAACAAUCCUAGUUUUACAGAAGAUGACAGCAGUGACGAUGAAAGUUCCCAUUCUAACUGUCUUCCUAUAGAUUUAUCUUUCAAACAGAGGACAGACAAACAAGAUUCUGGACAGCCUGCUUCUAUAGAUAAUCUGAGUCGGCCAUUGUUUCAUAAUUGGGAUCCAAAAAUUCCAUGUCUAGAUAACAACAGUAUGGAGAAUAAAGAAGAUAAAGACACUACUAAAGGUUCUAAACUGAAUCCACAUCAGAAAGUAACACUGCUUCAGUUAUUACUUGGGCAUAAGAGUGAAGAUAAAGAGAAAAAUACAGACUCUCAGGGACCACACAGUACAGCUGAUGUGGCAACAUUUACUGUACAAACUGGUAAGAGGACUCCUGUGACAGAAAGUUCCAGUGCAAAUCGAAGAACUCCAUUAAGCACUCCACCUUUGCUUAUUUCUACAAAAGCAGACUCUCCUAUAAAUCUCUCCCACCAAUCUUCUCUAACAGUCAAACAUAAUUCUCCACCAUAUGCUUGCAGCGUCCAGCCAGAGAGGUUAAUGAAUCCAGCAUCUAAACAUUUGAUAGAUCUUACAAAAAAUAAAGAACUUAAAGGAACUAAAAUGAACAGAAAUGAAAGUGCACAAAAUUCUGCAGCUUUCAGUGCCAGCAAGCUGUUGCAGAACUUAGCUCAAUGUGGAAUGCAGACUUCCAUGUCAGGUGAAGAGCAAAGAACGAGCAAACAGCUGCUAACAGUAAAUACAGAUAAACCUAUAGGGUUGAUUGAUAGAUUGAAUAGUCCUUUGCUCACAAAUGUAUCAGGUAAAUUUGAAGAAAACAACAAAAUAUUCAAUUGUCAUCCUACACCCACUGAACAAGGACUUCCUAGUUCAGAAAUAGAAAAUCUCCUUGAAAGACGCACUGUCCUUCAGUUGCUUCUGGGAACCCCCAAUAAAGGUAAAAGUGAAAAGAAAGAGAGGAUGCUUUUAAAAGAUGAAAGCUCACAAGAACAGGCGGAUAAGGCUUUGAGUGAGCAAAUAUUGACUGUGAAAAUAAAAACUGAACCUUGUGAAGAAUCAGAUGUUCCUCAUAAUCCAAAUGCACAGCCAAUAAGAGAGAGUAAGGGUAACACAUUUCAAGGAAUAGCUUGUUCAGUGCAGAGAAACACAGGUGCCUCUCCGGCGUCUGAGGACUUGAAACCUGAGCCUCUUUCACAUGAAGAUUUUUCUUUUUCAAAAAAUGGCUUGUUAAGUCGAUUGCUGAGACAGAAUCAAGAUAGUUACCCCGUUGAUGAUCUGGACAGAAGUCACAGAAAUAGUGAACUGACACUUCUAGACUCAAAGAGCCUUUGCACCAUUCCUAAGAAGAGGAAAUUUCAUACUGAGCCUUCAGAAAGUCCAUUAAAAAAGGUAAAAAGUAAUGUGACUGAUGCUUCAAACAAUCACAUGUCUCCUGCAGAGACAUUGUAUCGGCCUUUGCUUAACCAGCAAGAGCUGAAAUUUAACAGAAGCGAUCUUGAAUUUAAAUAUACUGCAGGUCAUGGUUCGAAUAAUGAAAGUGAAAAUAGGAGUUGGUCUAGAGAUAGUAAAGGCUUUAAUGUGUUGAAACAACUGCUUCUCUCAGAAAACUCUGAGAGAGAUUUUUCACAGCAUAGGAAUAAUGCAGUGACAGAGGGCAAGAAGAAAGGAAACAAAAAUAAUGUAGCAAAUAAUAAACCCGAAUGUAGCAUUUCCUCAAUAAAUGCAUUAAUGGGAAAUCCUGUGCAACCAAACAGUUGUGUAGAUCACAGGACAUUUCAGUACCCAGUAGCAGUGAAGAGUCCUGCUAGUUCCCCCUUCUCUGAACAUUUGGGAUGUACAGUAUCUAGACCUGAAUCUGACCAAUUUAGUGUUUGCCCCAUACCCAGUGAAAAAGGCCCCAUCAGAUGGGUUAUCACAGGAAUGGACAAGGGUGAAUAUGAAAAAGACUCCCCAAGACUAACCAAAACCAAUCCAAUAUUGUAUUACAUGUUACAGAAAGGAGGCAAUUCUGUUAAUAGCCAAGAAGCACAUGAUAAGGACAUUUGGAGUGAACCUUCAUUUACGGAAAAUUCAACUCCUGUUACAAUAAAGGAGGAGUUAUUACCUGACACAGAACCUAAAAUUCCUUUUCAUAAUUUAAGAAGCCCUUACAAUAGCCAUAUGGGGAAUAAGAGCUCCCAUCAACACAAUGUGAAUGGAGAAGUGUAUGGACUCUUGGAAAAGGUGCUAACAAUCAAAAAAGAACCUGAGUGAAAUAUACAGCCAACACAAUGAGUUUAUAGUCAAUGAGUUUGAAUCUGUGUUAAUAAAAUAAAAAAAAAAAAGUAUGAACUGGAAUACUGUAUAAAUUGAGCAUGAUUUGAGAAAAGCAUGGUCUUAUUGAAUCAUAUUUUCAUUUGAGAAACUUUGUUUUUCUGGUGAUAUUUAAAAACAUGUAGAUAUGUUUGCUUUACCGUAGAUAGUCACAAGGAAACUGUAAGAGUUAUAAGCUGUACAAGACACAAUUCUGUAUGCAUCAAAGUAAGUUAUGAAUAGUCUGUGACUGAAGUCUUAUUUGGAACAACAGGUAUUUAGGUAUAAAAUAAAGUAAGCAUACAGCCAAGGUGGUGGUAAUGCAUUCUGCUGCAUUUCAUUCUUUCCACGUAGUAUAUUCCCUUUUUUUUGGCGGUUUAAGCAUAGAGACAGUGUAACCUUUGAUAUGUGUUUAAUACGUUUUGUGAAACUUUAAGAAUUUUUUUUAAGAAAUGGAACAGUCCAUCCAGGGUAGUAGUAGAGUAGAGUUAGUAAUCUGUCAGUGUUUAAUUAAUCAAAUGCACUGAAAUGUAAUUUUUAGUGCUUCCAAAUUUUGUGUUCUUAUUAUUUAAUUAUUUUUGUGAUUAUCCCCGAAUCAUGGUGUGGUGGGGUUUUUUUUUUCCCCCCCUUCCACUUGCUUUUGACUAGAACAUUCUGCAGAACCCGGAGUAGUAGUCAUAUAAAAUAGGGGUUAUGAUUAAAGAUUGUUUUCUAGGUUUUCCUAGCAUUUUAUAUAAAAAGCAGAUUUUCAUCUACACUGUUUUUAAAAAAAAAAAAAAAAAAGUCUUUUUUGGUCCACUUUUACCUGUUGCUUCCCCUGUCUUAAGCCAAGUCAACAGUCAAUAUUAAAGGGGUGGGAGGAGGUAUUGUUUCAUGGUCUCUGUGUAUAUAAUGUCUUCUGCAGUUUCCACAGUAUGCAUCCAAUGAAGUGAGCUGUAGCUCACGAACGCUUAUGCUCAAAUAAAUUGGUUAGUCUCUAAGGUGCCACAAGUCCUCCUUUUCUUUUUGCGAAUACAGACUAACACGGCUGUUACUCUGAAACCAGUCAAUAUUAAGUUGACCCAAUUAUGUGUCUCAGGGGUGUGACAAUUCCACACCCUUUGAGCAACACAGUUAAGAUGACUUGACCUCCAGUGUAGACAGGGCUAAGUCAGAGGAAGAAUUCUUCCAUCAAUUUAGCUACCGCCUCUCACUGAUGGGAGAACCCCUCCUGUCAGUGUAGGAUGUGUCUACAAUGCAGUUGUGCCACUAGGAGUUUAAAUGCAGACGUAUAAAGGGAAGGUAAAAAAGGCAUCUUAUAAUUUUGGAAUAAACAGACCCGUCUUCUGUGGCCAGAAAACUGCCAUUGAUACCAGUUUGUGAAACACAUAAGCAAAAUGUUUUUUCAGCACCAUGUUGCUUCCUGUUAAAAGAACAGUUACGGUAUUUAUAGAACACAUAUUCCAUAUUUCAGUGGAAAUUGUGAGAUAGUGGUGGAAAACAUGGUGGGUCUUCCUGUAACUGCAUAUUCUGCAAAUAUUUAUUACUCUGUGAGCAGCUGAUCUGUGGUUAAUACACUGGCCUUUCAUCCCUGAAAACCUAGAUUCAGAACAAUUUGUUAGGUGUCACUGUGUGUGUGAAAAUAAGAUUGGUGGUUUUGUUCUAUUCCAUAGUGAAUAUCAUCUCAGAAAUGGCCUGUCACCUCUGUUCCCCUGCCUCCACCCAACAUUUUGUAAUGUUGGCAGCAUUUUUUCAAAAUCAGCCUUGGACUGUAGUAGUGGAGAGUUGUAGGUCAAAGCUGAGAUACAUUGAAAGCGUUGUGUGGGAAAAGCUGAGCAGCACGCUUUUCUAGUGGCACACAUGAAUGCCAAGAAGCACCAAACAUUCAUUGAAAAAUGCAAAGAAUUACCUCCCCCCACUCCUCCAAAACAAAAGUAACUGUAUUAAUAACCAUAAGUACUGCUGAACCUAAUUUAUCCAAUACUGGAUCAUGUUCUCAAUAGCUGCUUAUUUCAUUGAAAAUUCCCUAUGUUAUGAACAAAAUCCUGAUACUAUCUAGAUAAUCAAAGUUGUAGUGUGUUAGGGAACACAAAUAUUUAACAGUGCCCUAUACAAAACAUCCCACAAGGUAUAGAGAUUUAUAGAGGGAAUAAAAAAUACAUUUUUAUGUUGUCCAGGCAAAGCUUAAUAUAUGCUUGAGCUGUAUGAAGGAGAUAUGUAUUUUAAAACUUUCACAUGAGUCUAAUAUUAUUUUAAACUUCAUUAUCACUAGCCUGACUUCAGCUAUGCAGUAAAUUACAAAAAAAAAAAAGGUUUUUUUGUUUGUCUUUCAUAGUUAGCAUUUAUAAUAAGUGGCCUGCUAACAAAUGUCAUAGAAAUUAACAAGGUAAACUAUAUUUUAGAUUAUUUCCAUUGGAGUUGAAUCUUUUUAUAUGAAUCAGCCUGACAUAAAUAUUAGAAAAAGACGGCAUUUUGUUCCAUCCAUGAAACAUGUCUCUUAGAGUCUUAAGUGAUCAUUUUUCUUGAAAUUACAUGUAUAUAGCUAUGAAACAUAGAAUAAUAGAUGGUCACUAGAAUAAACACAAUGAUGUAGUUUACUUGAGGAGCACUGCGUACUUCAUACACAGUAGGAGGCAGCUUGAAUGUGAGUGAAGUAGAUGUGAUUGGAAAACUUCUGUCAUAACAAAAUUCUGAUGAAAAAUGGGGGAACAUCAGACUUCGCUGUCUUCUAACCAACCCUAGCAAGAAGUGAGACAGAAUCCCCUAGGGGGUGCUUACCUUGUAUUUAUUCUAUGGUAGUCUAUUGUUAUUUAUAAUAUAUAGUUUUUAAACUUGUUUUCUAAAGCUUAUGUGACAUUUAAGUUAAAAUGUUAACUGUUUUAACCGUUAACAAUUUAGCUUUCCUUUUAGAUGAGGUUAAUGAAAGAGAACUAAAAUUCUAAGACGUCAGUAAAUUACAAUACAGCAUAAUAUAAUUUUAGAACAUGUUGAUAGAAAAAUCUCACCCAUGGCAGAAUUUGCAAUGAUCAGUAAGACCCUAGAAAAGAGGUGAGGGCACUCUUCUGGCACACAGUUCCUGCUAAACUGGUUACUUAAUACUGUUUGGUUAGCCACUGGUGGAUGGGGCAAAACUAUUGUCCACUUUAGCUUCCCAAAUACCAAUGUGAUUCUUGCCUAGCAACGAAAAUUUUAAAGCCUGGUUUGCCCCUAUCCAUAUUGGCAAGCUGAAACCAAUUGGAAAGGGUUUAGCUGAACCUAAAAGGCCUGAUAGCCCUCUCUGUUAGCUCUCACCCAGGAGUUACAGGGGAGGAGAUCACUAAAAUUCUUCUUAUGGGUUUCUCUUCCUAAUUGUUCCAUCAAACAGCAUGCAGGGGCAGGGUUUGCUUCACCAGCAAUGGAUUCUGAAGGAUCAGUGAUAGACUAAGAUCAUCCAUACAGACGCCUUGUGUUUCUGUGUUUCUGCACUUUCUCACAGCUCUAUCCUUAGUAAUCCUCAGCCCCAUGACUAGUAGACCCUUUCUUCCAAGGCGUACGCAGUUGGUGGCUUUCUCCACUACCACUCCUCAAAUAGAGGGUUCCCAAUUGUGGGAGUGGGGGACAAAAGUGGGAGAGGAAGUGGUUGGGGUUGCAACUUGACCCUUAUUCUUCAGACCUGCAUGGAAGGAGCUUAAAUUAUCAUACUAUGGAUGAGAAUAGUAGUCUAGGAGGGGGUUGUAGGUUUGGUGAAUACUGCUGUGGGACCUGACUAACAAAAUCCAGGUUUGCAGCACCAUGGAGGAAGAGGGGCUUGCACUGCAGCUAGAUAAGAGUGUAGAAUAUUCAUGUAGAAUAUGAUAGCUGGGGUGGAGAGAGCCGAGAAUUGCACUAAGUCUCAAUGGGAAAUGAGGUAUGGAGGACUGAGGGCAGAAUUGCUAUUUCUGGUUUCUCUUCUGCCUCAGUUUUAGAAGCAUAAACUGCUAAGGUGCAUGUGACCAUAGAAAGAAUAAAGGUUAGGGAGGCUUCCACUGAUAUGACUAAACCAUCAUUUCAGGUGAAACAGUUUAUGAAGAUCAGAAGAUUGAAAUGGAAUUCAGCCAUAUUUUUCACUUGUUUUAGCCAUCUAUUGUUUAUAACACUUUAAAAUGUUUAAUUUACGAUUAAAAAAAAAAGAUAUGAAUGAUUUAAAAUUUCCCUGCUAAAUUUGUCAGUAAAAGAGUAUUACAGCUCUCAUUGACGUCUGUGAAAUAUUACCAGUUUGUUCUCUGCAGCAUUUUACAGAGGAGUAAACUGGUAAGUAUAUAUUAUAUAUAUUUAUAUAUGUAAAUAAAUUGAUUUGUUAAACAUAUAAUAUGUUGAAAUUGGUUUUUAAAAGGUGAUGUAAAUAGUGGUUUCCUUAUGAAAAAUACAUAUUUUGUAUUCUAAUGGAAAGGAAAAAACCUUCUAAUCUUGUUUUUGGUUAUGUAUAUUCCAUGUAUAAGUGUAAAUAUGAUCACAUAGAUUUAAAAACUUUUGCAUGUAAGUAUACAGUUGCAAGUCUGGAAGAAUGUAUAGAAAAUACCUUUUAUUUAAAGUUGUGAUUACCUUCUGCAUGAAAAGUGCAUGGGGGACCCUGUGCAUUGGCAAAAAUGUCUUAAAGUCAGGUCAGUUCAUCAAAACACACAACAGUAUUCCAUUUCUGGACAUGACUUCUGUUGUGGUAUUUUAGCUUUGUGAAAGAAUGUGCUUCAAAUCAAAAGGGUCUUGAAAAAAACCUCAAAAGUACUUUUAAAGCAUAAAGAACUCACACAAUUGUAAUCGGUCAUAUACGUUUUGAACUCUAUUUUAAAUAAUUGAAAUAUUGUACCAGGAGUAUUUCACCAUUUUAAAACAAUGGAAUGACAGUUCUCAUUGCCAUACAUAAGAAUUCUGGGGUUUACUGCAACCAAGUUUGUUGUGAUGUGUUUUCAGUAAUAUAACUGGUCUCAUUUUUUAUUAGAAAUUAAUUUCUUCAUGUGACGUCACAAACCUGUACAUACUGCAGAGUGAAGUUUUUUUUAAAUCUUUCAGUGUUUACUUCCUGCAGAAAAUUUGAAUAAAUGAGAAAAAUGCA